UCUUUCUGAAAAUUAGAGGCGCUGCAGUCGAUUAACUCUUGCAGGAUUCUCGAUCCCGAUCCUCAAAAGCUAGCGCUAAUCAGCGCUUCACCAACUAUAUUGUUGUGUACUUUUAUAUUUUUUAUCUUCUAUUAUUUUGUAUUUAUUUUAUAAUAUUUUGAAUGAUUUGUAUUUUAUCGUGAUUGUUUGAAUUAUUGAGCAUGAAGAGUAGUCGAAGUCAAAGAAAAGAAAGACAGAAUAUAAAUACAAACGAAAUGGCUCCUUUUCAAACAACAGUUAAUGUACGUGGAGAUAGUGUGGAUAACUUAGGUCAAGAGGUUAUUGAAGUACAAAUAUUACCUCAAGAUGAAAAUUGGGGAGAAAAUACUACAGCUGUAACUGGCAAUACAUCUGAUAGGUCAGAAUCGACUGAAGAUGUAACUCAUUGGCCAAAUGAAUCUGACACUUCAUUCGGAUCUACCUGCAAUCGACAUGUUGUUCCAAUAAUAGCUGUGUUACUUGGAAUAUGUGCUUUUUUAAGUCCUAUAGCAAUGGUCAUACUACCUAAAUUAGGAUUUUUUCCUGAUACAACAACUGCAUUAACAAUGCAACAAAAAUUACAAUUACUUUCAUGCAAUGCAGAAUGCAAAGGCCAAUUGUUAGGAUUAGCCUUUAAAUUAGUACUAUUAGUUAUUGGAAGUUGGGCUGUAUUUCUACGCCCACAAAAUGCUACUAUGCCACGUGUAUUUUUAUUCAGAGCUGGUGUGUUACUUCUUACAAUGCUGUGCAUUUGUACUUAUUGGUUGUUUUAUGUUGUUCAGGUCACAGAAAGUGCUAAGACUGCUGCAAAUGGUGAAAUAACAGAGUACAAAAGUUUAGUAAAUUAUGCGGGUACUCUUGCAGAUACAUUGCUAUUCAUUCACUAUGUUGCUGUGCUACUUAUAGAAGUUCGUCAUUUGCAGCCGACAUUCUAUGUUAAGGUUGUGAGAUCUCCAGAUGGUGAAUCGAGAUCUUAUGCAGUAGGACAAUUAUCAAUACAAAGAGCAGCAGUAUGGGUAUUGGAAAGGUAUUAUACAGAUUUUCCAAUUUAUAAUCCAUAUUUGGAACGUUUACCUGUCUCUAAAUCAAGUCGAAAGCAAUCAAGUUUCAAAUUUUAUGACGUUGAUGGAGGUGUUUCAAGUGGUGUUCAAUCGCGUGGGGGUAGCGGCGAUAGAGCAGUAUUAGCUGCACAAGCUCGACGUAGAGAUUCUAGCCAUAAUGGCCGUUUUUACGAAGAACAUGAUUAUGAGAGAAGAGUACGCAAACGAAGAGCACGCUUAAUUACUGCUGCGGAAGAAGCAUUUGCUCAUAUCAAACGAUUACAUUCUGAAGUUGAAUCCACGCCAGGUCCUGGCCCUAUGGACCCAAUGGAAGCUGCACAGGCAGUAUUUCCAUCUAUGGCAAGAGCUUUACAAAAAUAUUUAAGAGUUACACGUCAACAACCUCGUCAUUCUGUAGAAUCAAUAUUAAAUCGUUUUGCAAGAUGUUUAGCACAAGAUGCAGCACCGCGUGCAUUUUUGGAACCUUUUUUUACGACAAGUCCUGUUCUUUCCAAUGAAAAAGAAAGACAAAAGGAUUCUCAUCAUUGGGCCUUAAUCUGCGAAGGUGAGUUGCCAUCACGACCUCUUGCAAAUGGUUGUGAAUUUCAGUUAAGACAAGGUGAGAUUGCACUUUUGUGUACAGCAUAUCGAUUACCGCAUUUUCAUCUCACUGAACAACUUGCACAUCCUAAAUCUAAUAAGUUUCUCUUGAGGUUGAAUUCAGAAACUUCUGUGUAGUAGUACUGAACAUUUUUUAGACAUCCUAUUACAAGGUGCUUAUCAUAUUAGUGGAUGUGAAUUUGCAUAAAUUUUAAAAAGCAUAAAAAUGCACAAAUUUUAAAAUAUUUAACAUUGAAAAGAAAAAUAUAUAUGAACAAUUUGAUUGUCAUAAAUUGAAACCAAGUUUUAUUUGUAAUAUAGUAUUUAUCAAGUAAAUUGAUAAUACUUAUUUCCAAGGCCAUAAAAGCUUUAGAUAUUUUAAUACAUAAAUAUAUGCACAUACUUUUGCAUACAUAAUUUCGUAUAUUACUUGUAUUAUUAGAUGAUGCCAUAUUGAUAGCAUUAUCUAUUGAUAUAAAAUACAAUACUCAUUUUUAUUAUCUAUUUACUUUUUUUUUUCUUUUUUAAUAAUAUUUAUAAAUAUCUUUUAUACAAAGUUUUAUAUAUUUAAUCUAGUUUACUUUAUAUUUAUGUUAUACUCAUUUAAUCUAUAAGUUAUUCAUCGAAGAUCUUUUAGGCAUCUUUAAUCAAUUUUUCACCGAUUUAUAUAAGAAAUAUAUUUUAAGUACAUUGUAUGAAAUUGUGUACAUGUGAAUAAUAUUAGUAUGAAAGCACUUUCCUUUUUAUACAAGCAAACAUUGCUUGUAAGUAAAUUGAAUAUGGAUGACUUGUAUAAAUAUAUAAAAUAUAAUUAAAAUAAUUAUAGAUUUUUGUAUACUAGUUAAUUUAUAUUUAAAAUUACAGACUUUUUUUCUGUAAAAAUAUCAUAAGUAAAGUAUUAUUGUCACUUGGAAUUUACAAGUUUUAUUAAUUACUAAAUGUAAUUAAUUCUAUGAGUAAAAAUAAUUAUUCAACAAAUUAAAAGUAUUACUUCAAGGUUAAGCCAUUAAAUUGUUUUGGCAAUGAAAUUGUUUAAUGAUGAAAAUGAUAAUUUAGAUACACAUUACAUUCUUUUUAAAUUAUACCAAGAAAUUUCUUUUACUUUAGUACCUUGAAUAUUCUUAUGAGUUGUGAUUAGAUAUUAUAGUAACUUAUUCUUUAUAUAUACAUAAUGGGAUUUGAAAAGCCAAAUAUAUUAUGAACAUUUCAAAUACUUCAUGACUAAUGUUAUAGUAUUCUUAUACCAGAUAUGUGCUAAGCAGGUAUAAACUUGCACUUCUUUAUUUGUUGCUAUCAUGUGUUGAAUUUAUGGCAACAUAUAAUUUCAUAAGACUGGAAAAUCACAUUUAAACAAUAUCUGAUAUCUAUUCAUACAAAAUAUAAAAAAGAGAAGACAUGUAAAUAAAAAGCAGAAAUCUAUUUCAUGCUUGCUUCACUGCUUGUAUAUAUUCAUAUAUACACAAGUUUAUAAUGUUUGAAUUAUAGGCCUAACGGCAAAGAAUUUUUUAUACAAAAAACAAAUUGUAUUAUCCCUAUGGAUGUAUUUUGCAUUCCAAACAUGACAAAUAAUUUUCCUAACUAAGGAAAAAUAUCUUGUUAAUAGUAUAAUACAAUAUUUUAAGCAUUUUACAUCUAGUGCGAAUUAGAAAUGAUGCUAUUUUUACAAUUACAUAUCACAAUUAAUUCAUUAAUGUUAAAUAUUAUAUAUUGCUUGCCUCAUGUUGUUUAUAAAAUGUAUUAUGAAUAAGAUUGUAGAGUAUAAAAAUUAUUUAGACUGUACUUAAAAAAAUACUUAAGUUUAUCUGUAAGUUUGUGCUCUUGUGCAUUUGUGGAUAUGUUGUAUUUGGAAUGUAUGAACUUUUUUUUUAUAAAAUUAUUUUAUUUAUGUGUGAGCGUGGUGAUUGUAUCGAUAAAUGAUGAAAUAUACAUUUGAUGUACA